GAGAGAAACCCAGAAGUAAAAAUAUGCAGUGGCCAAGAAAAAUAAGAAUAUCUAGAACAGUACGAGAAAGAUUCUUUGUUCUGAAGGGUUUGAUCCAAAACACAUGGAAAGAGGAGAGAGAAGUGGAGGUAGGACUUGUUGGUACAAAAAACAGUGGUGGUACACUACUGUUGACAUGCAAUUUCAGCAGCAAGCACUCAGGAAGAGGAGAAAGUGUCGUUCCUCAUGGGUGGGAUUUGGUAAAGGAAACAAUUAUAAAGAAAAAAACAAGAACAAUUAUUAGAGGGAUUAUAUCUUCCAGCACCAACAACCCGUCUUCUUUAGCUUUUUUAAGCCUUGAAGUGUAAUCUGAUAUCCCUUGAAGAAAUGAAGUUUUCUUCUUUUUUUUUUUUAUAAAGAAAUAAAAAAAUGGGGUCUUGUAAUGUGAGUUUGACUUGUUUGUUUGUUUGGUGUGGAAGAAGGAAAUGUGGCAGUGGUUGAAGAAAAGAAAGAGUUUUUUUUUUA